GUUCGAUUCCCUCCCUGCCGCGCAUGCCCGAUAUUGUGUCAUCGUCUGCAAGGACGAUCCUAGAUGUUAUUGUAAUGAUGGAGCAAGUUGAUACCCGAGCAGUCACCGCGAUACCCUUCCUGGAUUUUCCACUGGCAAUUGCCGCUCGCGCCUUCGCGUUAGAAAGCCGAGCGGAACAGGAGAUGUCAGCCUCGUUGGAAGACUUAACUGCAGCGAAUCGUGGGCGCUUUGCCGAGGUUAGUUAUGGAGUAUGCAACAACCUCUUGUCACGUUUGGCAGAGCACUGGGGAAACGUCCACAAUGUUCAAAUGGCCGUUCAAUCCGGGACGGUGUGGACUUACAUCUGCCCUGUUCAACAGAGCCCUGUGGCGAUUCCUUCAGCGCUAGAUUUGCACGGCGUUGACCACUACUCGCAUGUCCCACGGCCUCACGUCGACCACUCACCUGACCAUCAGGAGCUCGCUUUGACAUAUUCGGACAGCGACCUGUCCCGAGAGCCAUCCCCACUGCUAUUUGAAUUCCCGGGUCUUAUAAAUACGAACGCUAGUCAGCGCUCUGCCGAUGCAGACCAGAUGCAGCGGCCCUCGUCGGAUCCGACGCCGACCACUAUGCUUCCGCCAGUGUCAUUAGCCGGUGGCGAGGUGGCGACCUAUGAUGACCUGACCAACUACAUGGCUCCGUACUCCGGUGACAGCCAUAACUCGUCGGGCCGUGAUGUGGAAUAUUUUUCCGCGAUGCACGGCACCGAGUGCUUACCCUCGGCCUACAAUGGAGACGGUAACCGCGGUGUUGCCGUUCCACAGGCAUUCCCUGCUUCUCCAUGGCUUCUCUCGUAAAUACUAUUAACAUAAGUAUUAGUCAUUCAUUAUACUUGCAUAUACUUGCUUUUCGGCUUCAGCUCUUGUAUGAAUUUAUUAUUAUUGAUUUAUUGGUUCCGUUCCUUGCUUUCGUUUUCUUUGUGGCUCAUUCAGUUUCACUCGCACUCUGUUCCACCAACACCAUUCGCAUGUACCAUUGUUGCCGAAAAACACUUUCGUGGUGUACGCGUCCGUCCGCAUUACUUGUAUUAUAGAUUAUUUAAGAGUCGGCGUGGAAGCACUACGUCGCCUAUACCAUAGUCACUGGCUCCAUUACGUGUACUUCUCUAAAAAAAAUACCCUACUGCCAAGAAUCUAUCGAGCUAGAGCCAGAAUGAGCAGAUCGACAUGCUAAUUAUAGCCGG